AUGGAAACUCUUGGCUCGAUAGACAAUCCGUGGCCGCUCGUGCCAACAGACAGCGCGAUCAACGGGGCGAAGGGACUUAUAAUGGAUUUGAGGGCUCCCAUCAGCAUCAAUAGUAUCUUAGAUGCCGCAAGGGACGCAGUCAGGUCUGAUACCAGGACAGACGCCGAUGCCUUGUUGUCACAAGUGCGAAUUAUAUUUGCCGUUUUCGAAUAUCUGAAUAGGCCCAGCUUUGUUCAGCGUUUCCAAUUCGUCAUAGAGGACGUUAACACCCAACUUGGAUAUAUUGAACAAGUCACAGGCCAGCCAUACCUCCGGAACUGGUGGCGCGCCUUCAUCAAUGACUUCUUGUAUCAGAUUGCACUUUGGGCACGAACCUGGGCUGAUGAUGCUAUCAAUAUUGCUGGUGCACCAUUUGUUGAAGCCAGUAAUAACGGUCGUCGACUAACACAGUAUAACACGGUUAUCAACGCCCUGCGGGCAUUGCAGGCUCGAAUUGACAAUGACCUGGCAUUUAAAUAG